AUGCCCCGCCCCAAUGAUCGACCAGCGCCCCGCAAUGAUCGACCAGCGCCCCGCAAUGAUCGACCAGCGCCCCAUAAUGAUCGACCAGCGCCCCGCAAUGAUCGACCAGCGCCCCGCAAUGAUCGACCAGCGCCCCGCAAUGAUCGACCAGCGCCCCGCAAUGAUCGACCAGCGCCCCGCAAUGAUCGACCAGCGCCCCGUAAUGAUCGACCAGGGCCCCGCAAUGAUCGACCAGCGCCCCGCAAUGAUCGACCAGCGCCCCAUAAUGAUCGACCAGCGCCCCGCAAUGAUCGACCAGCGCCCCGCAAUGAUCGACCAGCGCCCCAUAAUGAUCGACCAGCGCCCCGCAAUGAUCGACCAGCGCCCCGCAAUGAUCGACCAGCGCCCCGCAAUGAUCGACCAGCGCCCCGCAAUGAUCGACCAGCGCCCCGCAAUGAUCGACCAGCCCCGUAA